AUGGAUAUCCUUAUUCCUGAGUGCAGCAGUAGUGGUACGAAGUCACCAGAGGAACGGAAGGAAAACGAACAGAGUAGUUUGCCACUCACCCAUCUUUUUGUUGAAUUAACAUCGCUUGAAGAAUUAAGCUUUCCAACGAGUUCAUCUACUCGAAUUAAGUUCAUUUGUUUGGAUGCAUCUGCUCAUUACCUAGCCGUCGGAUCGACAAGUGGAACGGUUUAUUUAUUUUCAAGGUUUGCUUCGAAGUAUCGGAAUCGCAUAAGCUCUGUCCCAAUACAAGUCAUUUCCAUCAAGGACGGACCUAUUAUCAAGUUAUCUAUAUCACCAAAUGAGAAAUAUUUGGCAACAGCAAGCAAACGAGGCUCCCUGACAAUUACAGUCCUGGUUGACAUCGGCCAAAGUCCUAUUACGCUUUUUACUACCGAUAGUCAUGUUGGUACAGAUCAAUAUGGUCAAGCAGUCCAUGUCACAGAAUUGAGAUGGUGCAGUGAUAGUUCCAAAGUAUAUGCUGGAGACACAAAAGGACGGAUUAGUCGGACUGUAGUUCAUAAUCGUAGCUUUUUUCGCUCACCAACUGAUAUUAUAUUUGAAACAGAUAGCGAAAUUGUUCAAUUUGAUUUACGUGAUGAUUGUCUGCUUGCCUCUACCUUAACGCGAUGCUGUGUUUGUGAUUUGAGAACGUACAGUUGUAUUCAGGUUGGAAAAAGAUUGCGGAAGGGUCAUUUUGGCGCUGUCUUUUAUUCUGACCAACAGGAACGGAAAUCACAAUAUGGAGAAGAAAAUAAUGGCAUGACACCAAUGAAUACAAAGGGAUAUAACGAGUUGACGGUGAUAUUUGCUAGUCGUCCAAGCGGUCGAUUAUGGGAAGCUAAUGGUCGCGGUGUAGUUUACAGCACUCAUCAAUACCGAAAUUUGAAAACUGUUCGUCGAUUUCCCGUGGUCUCCUUCAAGAAAGAUAACUUAUUCGACAGCAUGGCUAGUAUUAAUGAAGUUCGAAAUAUCAAUUUCGGGCUUUUAACACUGAUCAAAUGCCAAAACAAUUUAUUUUUGAUGACGAAAACAGAUACAACAUUUUGUUUAAUCGAUCCCAUAGACAGUCAUAUGGUACUUAUUAGUACAAUGGAUUGUAUAGGUUCAAUAAGUGAAUACGCGGUAAAUGAUGCUGAUGUCUUCCUUUUAUCGGAAACAGGUAGUUUACGAAAGUUAACGUUGUUUACGAUUGAGAAAGCUGUAGAAAAACUUCAUUGGAGGCAGUGUUACUCACAGGCUGCACAAUUAAUUUACGUAGAUUAUGUCAUGAACAAAAAUUACAACUCACAUACUGCAUGGAAUUGUGAGCAGCUGGAAGAUAUCCUGAAUAAAAUAACAACAUUUCAACACUUUAAGUCGCAAAUAACACAUAAUGUGUUUAACGCUUUGCACAAACUUCUGAGUGAAUUGAAAAGAAAUGGUGCUAUUGGAGAGAAACCAAAAGGAGCAGUUCACCGUUUGAGUUCAGGCAUUCAUCGUGUCGUUCAAACUAUGCAAAAUAGUGGUUAUGAGGAUGAUUUCACUUUCAGAGCACCGUCACCGCUGCGAUUAAGGAGCAAAAGUACUUUGCAUAUUGAAGUAAGGAACGACUGGAAACGAAGAAGUUUGCCCUUAAAUCAGAGAUCCGUGAUGGGAACUGAUGAGAGUGAAGUAAAAUUCGAAGAUGCAGAACAACGUCAUAAGAAACUAAUAAAUGAAGCUCGAAUGUUGUUGUUGGAUGCCGAGAAAGCAUCAGCAAAUCAGUUGAUGCGUAAUGAUAGUGUUGAGUCUUUACGUAUACUGCUGGAUAGCUCUAAUAACUUUAUUUUGUUUGAUCAACAGGUAACGAUUAAUGAUGUAACGAAAGAUCUCGUAGCGGCAAAGAAAUUUCAGCGACUGAUUGGAGAUCAUAAAAACCAUGAGCAGAAACAAAAACGAACUGCGCAACUUGAUUUUAAAACUCUCUUUGGACGACGUGAUCCAUUAGAAUUGCUCGAAAAAUGCGUGGAAAGUAUGCCACUAAACAUAAAUGUCAAUGUAGCACAUCUUCGAACAAUACGUCGAACAAGACGAGGAGCUCGGAUAGUGAAAGGAAUCAAGCCGUUUGGAAGGAGAAUUGUAAUGCCUGAAAUCGAACAUAAAAAGUCCGAGUGUUGUGAAUGGACUGCGGAGCAGCAACUAAUAAAACAUGAUCUCACAUCCAAUGGAAGAUUGAACUUGAAUUGCAAUGAAACUGUAGAAGAGCAUGAAAGUUCAGGACAUAGUUCGAUCGACCAGUCGUUAAAAAACGAUACUAGAUUGUUGAAUAAGAGUUACGUCAUUGAAAAGAAUUUCGUAGCUGUUCAACCGAUUGAAAUGACUUGGACAGUGAAUGGUGAUGAUGAAAAGAAUGAUUUGUUUGGUAUGAAAAGCUUGCAAGUAGCGUUGACAUUAAAUGAUGAAGAUAAACGUUUGAUGCAUCCCAGCGAUGCUACCAUUGCACCUGAAACUUUGACCUUGUCAAGAACUAGAAAGCUGGAUGGAGGGAACUUAUACUGCCAAGUUUGUGGCUUACACAGACUUUGGCAUCAUGUUAUGACAUUCGGGCCAAAAAUGGCACAAUUACGAGUUACCGUUGAUCAGUUCGCUGCUGGUGGCGUUCCCACCUCAAUUGAGCAGUGGACAAAAUUGUUUGAAUAUCGUGCUGCUGCUACUGGGAAAAAUAGUGAAAGUUCCUCGGAAAAUCUGUGUGAGGCGUGCGCAGUAUUUUUCGAAUUCGAUGAUCAUUUAAAACAAAAGGCUGCAUUAUUCCAAGAAAUGGUGGAACGAAUUGAAAAAAGAAGCAUAAGAAAAAAGGAAACUAAAAAUUUAGUGCAAAUGGAGGCUAAGAACUGGGACCAAGAUUUAGUGUACCGAGCAUUUUUCAAAAAUGUCACAAUAGUUACAAAAAUAUCAAGAAAUAAACUCGAAUUCGAAGAAUGUUCGGAAAAAUUCGUAUGGUUACCAGCGGUGAAGACUUCACAGCUUCUACUAUGUAUGCGUUAUUGUGAAGGCCUCAAUACAGUUUUCGAAUUUCUAAAGAAUAAUAAAAAAUUGGCGUCAUGUUUAACUAUAGAGGAUUGGCAGUGGCUUGCUGUUAUGAAGGCAUACGAAUGUAAUAGGUUUUUCAACCUAUUUCCAAAAGAGGUCAUCAAUGAUCUCUUAACAGAGCUUAAGAUUUCAACAAUUGAAGAUGUUGGAGCUGUUUCGCCAGCAUCAGCUCUCGACGUUUCUGGUAUGGUUAACAGUUCAAAAUUAUUGAAUGGAAGCCUAACUAUUUCAGUUGAUGGCAACUGUACUUGCUGUACACUACCGCUGAAAACGCGAGUGACACAGGACGAUGGGAAUAUUAUAGUAUUUCGUUGUGGUCAUUUGUACCAUCAAAUUUGUCUUCGUGAAGCAAAUUUAUCACGGUGCUUACGGUGUGAACUAGAACGAAGGCGCCGUAGUCAUAAAAAACAAGAGAUAGGUGGUAGAGUUGAUGCAACUAAUUCAUCACAUUCAUCGUCUGCCAAAAAUUCACGACACCUACCCAGCAAAGCUUUACGUACAGUUGUCACUUCAUCUGCGAAUGUAAAAAUGCUACAAAGGACGUAA